AUGUACUCACGAGAUCACGUGGAGGAUCGCAUGGUUACGAUGAAGGAGGGCGAGGUGUGCGAGAAUUCCUCACGACGCUGCAGGAUCGCGCUGUGCAUUCUAUCCUGUCUCGUUGCAUUGAUUGCCCUCAGUCUAAUGACCUGUGAACUCCUCUUCGACACCAUCGAGGGCACCAUAAUUGCCAAGAAGCUUGUCAUCACAGAAAAUUCUUCGAGUUUCCAAAUCUUAACAACCGACUCCAACAGCACACUUCAAUUCUACCUUUUCAACCUGACCAACGCAGAAGAGUGGCAAAGGAAUGGCACAAAGCCGAGAUUGAGGACUGUUGGACCCUACGUGUACAGGCGAAUUACAAAGAAGAAGGAUGUGCGGUUCAGUGAGGACAGGUGUGACCGAAGAGUCUUGGAGUAUUCGCUAUCCACUGUAUACUACUUUGAACGGAAUGGCUCCGUCGGGGAUCCGGGACAGGACCGACUACUGGUACCCAACUUCGUGGAACGUAUUGCGACUUCCAUGAUUAGCCAAGCUGGAUCCACUACAACGCAAUGGCUGUGGAUCCUAACACCCAACCCACUCCUCAUGAAUCUCACCGCAGAGGAAAUUAUGUGGGGACAUGAAUACCAAAGUUUGUCGAUGGCAAAAGUCUUUGGCAUGGUUAAGGACACAAAGAUAGGCCUAUUCAAUCGACUCAACAAUACCCUCUACGGUCCCUACCAAAUCAACACUGGGGCUCAUAACAUCUCCAAAUUAGGUGCUUUGGUGGCCUUCGAAGGCAAGAUAAAUCUUGACAAGUGGGGUUCAGUCUAUGCGAAUAUGCUCAACGGUUCAGCGAAGACAGGCGUGACUCCCACAGUCUGCCACCACAGCAUGCUUACGGACUGCUUCAGUGGUGAGCAGUUCUGCGAUGUUGGAAGUCCUGAGGAAAGCUAUUUUCUGCUUGCAGCCGAUGCCGUCACACCACCGUCGGUGAAGAUGGGCGCUAGACGUUACAUGUUUAGCUCAGACCUCUGCCGCUCAGUGUCGUUUAUAGCUAAGAAGUGGGUGUCUGCCAGUAAUUAUCCUCGGCUGAAGUUAUUGGCCCUGGAAAUGGAAGAGAAGGUAUUUGUCAGUGCCGACGAGGAGCCGGACAAUGUUGCCUUCCACCCAAAAGUCUAUCCCACCAAUCAAUACCCUCCAACUGGUCUUCUCUCAUUAAGUCCCUGCGUGGAUUUCGGUAUCGCAGGAGACGAGCCACUCUUCAUCUCCCUUCCCUACUUUAAUCAAGCCGCCGUUGAAGUGAAAGAGGCAGUAGACUUCGAAGGCCCCACUGAACCCAAUUUGACGUCUCACUUGCACAUCGACCCUGUAAGGCCUGCUACCAUCUCUUGGCUACACUAG